AUGUCCGUGGCAGACGCAGGCUAUCCCAAGGAUUUGCUCAGCGAGACCCGGAAGUAUCAGCGACCAGGAGGCCGUCUCAAGGACUCGAUCAAGUCCCAACCCGGCUUCGAUGACUCCGUGGACAUGCUUGGGGAGACCAAGGUGGUGGAUCGGAAAGCAUUCCCUGCGACAGACCGAGAUGAUCCGCCAGCCGCACCGCAGCCGUUUCAGGGGGACACCCACACUGACGAGCCGACUCAAUUCGGGCCAGAUGGGAUGCCACUGAAGGAAGGGACCACCGUGGAAGAAGAUGAGGAGGGCCGCUUGAAGCCCGUAGAGGAAGCCCAUCAAAAGGUCGAGCUGCACGACCAGGGCUGGUUCCAUGCAGAAAGCAAUCGCUACGAGCAGGAGGAGCUGGCCAAGGCCCCGGUGAGGCUGAUAUACUUUGAGGAAGAUUCCUAA